UGCGCCUCCUCUAAUAAUUGACUCCUCCUCGUCUUCCUCACGCGUUCUCCUCUCCAUCCUCAUCAGAUUCUUUCACCGGAGAGUAUCAUCAUCAUCAUCACAACAUUCCCUCAACCAUGUACCCUCCUCCGAUGCUCGUCAAUUGCUCCGGUUGCCGGACUCCUCUCCAGCUCCCAUCCGGCGCCCGAUCCAUACGCUGCGCUCUCUGCCAAGCCAUAACUCACAUCGCCGAUCCCCGCACCGCUCCUCCUCAACCGCCUUCCUCCGCCGUCUCUCACCAGCCUCCUCCACAAGUCCCCGCGCCCCUAGGCCAGCUCCCUCACCCCCACGGCAGGAAGAGAGCUGUGAUCUGCGGUAUCUCGUACCGUUUCUCUCGCCACGAGCUUAAGGGAUGCAUCAACGACGCUAAGUGCAUGCGUCACCUUCUCAUCAACAAGUUCAAAUUCGCCCCUGAUUCCAUUCUCAUGCUCACCGAGGAAGAAACUGAUCCGUAUCGUAUCCCUAACAAGCAAAACAUGAGGAUGGCAUUGUAUUGGCUGGUGCAGGGAUGUACAGCUGGCGACUCGCUUGUCUUUCACUACUCUGGUCACGGCUCCCGUCAGAGAAACUACAACGGUGAUGAAGUCGAUGGCUACGAUGAAACGCUCUGCCCUCUCGAUUUCGAAACUCAGGGGAUGAUUGUUGAUGAUGAGAUCAACGCGACUAUUGUACGACCUCUUCCUCAUGGUGUCAAGUUACAUUCGAUCAUCGAUGCUUGUCAUAGUGGCACCGUUCUUGAUUUACCUUUCUUGUGUAGAAUGAACAGGUCUGGGCAGUAUGUGUGGGAAGACCAUAGGCCAAGGUCAGGUCUGUGGAAAGGAACAGCUGGUGGAGAAGCUAUAUCUAUCAGUGGAUGUGAUGAUGAUCAGACUUCCGCGGAUACAUCAGCGUUGUCAAAGAUCACGUCUACUGGUGCUAUGACUUUCUGUUUCAUUCAAGCGAUUGAACGCAGCCCACAAGGGACAACCUACGGAAACAUUCUGAACUCGAUGCGUACUACAAUAAGGAAUACAGGGAGUGGAGGUGGUAUUAAUGUUGGUGGUGGCGGUGGUGGAGUUGUCACGAGUGUGCUGUCCAUGCUUCUGACCGGGGGAAGUGGUAUGGGUGGAUUAAGACAGGAGCCUCAACUCACUGCGUGUGAGCCAUUCGAUGUCUAUGCAAAGCCUUUCAUUCUUUAGUAAAGACAACUUAUUGUAUAGCGACUGUGAUGAGAAUCUGUCCAUUAUAUUUAUGUAAUAAUCUUUUUUUUUCCUUUCCCAAAAGCAUAAAUUGAAAGACAUUGAUUCGUUGCUUUAAUAAGGAUAUGAUAUGCUAUAUGUCUAUGCUUAUACUGUUAUAUAUGCGGUACUUACUAUC